CUUGUGUUCUUCCGUCGGCGUAAUUGUAGGAUGCAUUAUCAGUCCAGUGCAGAUUUAUUAUUUAUUAUGAAAUAAAUAAUAAAUAGUUUGUGAAAAUAUUUCGUCUGUUUUUAGGUGCUUUUGCUAAAUCACAGAAAAUUCCUCCAACAUGCUUUUUUUGUUUAACAGAUUUUAGCACAUUGUCUGUUAGUUUGAAAGCAGCAUCUUCAGUGGAUACACCUUUCCUGAAGCCAAAUUGUUCCGGGACUAAUAUGUUGUUAGCAUGCAUAUGAUGACUUAAUCUAUUGUACAUAAUCUUCUCAAGCACUUUAGAAAAAGUAGUUAAAAGUGAAAUUGGCCUGUAAUUUGUCAUACUGGUUUUGUCCCCUUUCUUGUACAGCGGUCCUACUACAGACAUUUUAAGGCGGUCAGGGAAAAUGCCUGUGUAUAAUGAGUGAUUACAAAUGUGGGUUAAUGGACGACUAAUUAAAGAAUGCGGGACCUGUCUGCUCACGAGAAGCACGAGUUUCAAAAACUGCAGAAGGAUCUGGAUCUAAGGAAGUCUGAGAUUGCCGAGCUUGCUCGCACUAAAGAGAAACUGAGCUCAAGAGUAGAAGAAAUGGAUAACCAAAUUUCUGAUUUGCAGGAGCAGACACAGCGAGAAAAGGAAGCAGCUUUAGAAACACUGGCAGACCGAGAAAUUACCAUUGCCAAGUUCUGUGAACUGGUCCAGCAGAGUCAGGAGCUGCAUUCUUGA